UAUCCAAGCUAAAAAAUUGUGCUUUUAUAUAUUUGUAAUUUAUUUUUUUGUUCCGCUAAAUUCAAAGCUAAAUUAUAAUGUAUAUGGAACUAUUUAUUCAAACACGCGCGCAAAUUGGAAUAUUAGCACAAGUGGUAUGUCAAGCUAAACGUAAUUUGAUUUCGUUUUCUUGCGCGGCUUCAAUUACUAAAUGAAGCAAAACAAGUCAUUUGUUGUUGUAAACAAAUAUCACAGCUGAUUGUCUGAUUCGUCUGUGUUAUCAAUUGUAUUACUCCCGCAGUGUCAACUAUCGGACGAUAUAGCGUCACAAGUUAUUGUGAAUCCUCGGACUUCGUCUCUUCGAUCACCCAGCGUCAUAUAAAUUGCGUAAACUAUACGAGGAAAUUAUAAUUCAAGUUUACUGUUUACUCGAUGAGUACAUUGAACCCGUGAUAUUCAAAUAAUAAAAAAAUAUGCGGCGUUCAUAUUUAUUUUAUUUCAUAGUUACAGUAUUUUGUUUAUUGACACAGAAAUCUUUUGGGCUAUCACCAGUCAUUUUGAUACCUGGCGAUGGAGGCAGCCAGUUGGAAGCUAAAUUGAAUAAAACAAAUGUUGUCCAUUAUAUCUGUGCGAAGACAUCCAAUGAUUAUUUUAAUAUUUGGUUAAAUUUGGAACUUUUGGUACCAUUUGUGAUUGAUUGCUGGGUGGAUAAUUUGAGAUUAGAUUACGAUAAUGUGACGAGGACAACAAAGAAUCCACCUGGGGUAGACAUAAGGGUGCCUGGAUGGGGUAACCCUGAACCUGUCGAGUGGUUAGAUCCCUCACAUGAUUCCACUGGGGCAUAUUUUAAUACUAUAGGUGAUGCGCUUGUAAAAAUCGGCUAUGUGAGAAAUGUCUCAUUGAGAGGAGCCCCAUAUGAUUUCAGAAAAGCACCAAAUGAAAAUGCGGAAUUCUUUGUCAAGUUAAAAACCCUGGUGGAAGAGACAUACACCAUGAACAAUAAAUCAUCUGUGACGCUGUUAACUCACAGUAUGGGGGGAGCGAUGGCACUCCACUUCCUGCGAUUGCAGACCCAGGCCUGGAAAGACCAGUACAUUCGGAGAAUGUUGUCGCUGUCCACACCCUGGGGAGGCGCUAUGAAAGCAUUGAAAGUAUUUGCCAUUGGCGACGACCUGGGCUCGCUGAUGCUGCGCGAGAGCACGAUGCGAACGGAGCAGAUAACGUGUCCGUCGCUCGCGUGGCUGCUGCCCUCGCCCAACUUCUGGAAGCCCUCCGAGGUGCUGGUCCAGACGGACAAGUUUAAUUAUACGAUAAACGACCUGCAGAAGCUGUUCCUGGACAUGGACCUGCCGAGCGCGUGGGAGAUGCACAAGGACACGGAGCGGUUCGCGCGCGACUUCUCCGCGCCCGGCGUCGAGCUGCACUGCGUCUACGGGUACAACAUCUCCACCGUGGAGCGUCUAGUAUACAAGCCGGGCACCUGGCUGGACGGGUAUCCCACCCUGCUCACAGGGGACGGGGACGGCACCGUCAACCUCCGCUCCCUCUCCGCUUGCACCCACUGGGCCAAGCGGCGCAACAACUCCCUCAAAACCAAUCUCAAUGGCAAACCCGUCAAAACCCUGCCACUGCUGAAGGCGGAACACUUAAAGAUACUCCACGACCCUCGCGUGCUGGAGUACGUGACUACUGUGCUGGGGACUGACGGGAACUGAUCGGAAUGAUAGUGGGAUUCGGCGGUGGUGGUCUGAGAAAUUGUGUGGUGUGAGACUGUCGUAUGUGCCUGAGAAUGUUGGGUAAGGUGGACUUUAUGGGACAUUUCGUGGUGGGUUUCCUAAGAAUUUUGGGUGCGGUGACCAAUCUUGAAGAACGAUCUGUGUCCAUUUGGUGACAUAUUUCCUGUGUCAAAGUACUGCUCAAAUGUGCAGGUGUGUCAACAAUCGUCUAUUAUAUCAUUUAUAUACCUUUUGCGAUGAUGAUCAUUCCAAACACGCUAGGCAAUGACUAAGGUGCUAAUAAAUCGAAAACCUAAAACAUUUCUAACUCGCAUGUAUUAGCUUCACCUGUAUGUUUGUAGCCGACUCCUUACGACUCGAUUUUGAUCCUUUUAAUGGACAAAUUUAAUUCAAACCUUGUACACUUAGCAAGGAUCGGUGACAAUACAAUAAUUUCAUAAGUUCAUCUUAUUGUCCUGAUUAGGAUACAAGGAAUAAAAUAAUUUAUUUCCUUAAAUAUACUCUAUGAUCUAUAAGAGCAAGAAGAUUCAACUUAAUUGAUUCUCUCUUCAAUCUGUUGGUUUUUAUAUUUUAUUUAUUAUUUUAUAUAAUGUUUUCAGAAAGCAAUAUAUGUGUUUGUACAAGAUGCUUAAUAUUUCCCGCACACUUGGCCAGUCUACGUCGAGAUUGGUCACUGUUACUGAAAUUUCGUUAGCUAUUAUUAUAAAUCAAUUAAAUUCAACUUUAAUUUAUAUUUUUAUUUAACUUUAAUGUAUAGGAGUACUGUUAUAGUCCUGAAGAUGCUGUGUAAUCUAAUAAUUUGGGGGAGACUAUGGAAAUGCUGAGUGAGGUGAAUAAAAAUUAUAAGUAUCCAUUAGCAAAAACAUAUAACAUUACUUGUUUCCUUUAAAGAUCCAAUAUAAGACACCCAAGAAGUAUUUGUUUGGUUCAAAUCGUUAGGCGAAUGGCUUAGUAUUUAUAUUUUUUUGUAUAGAAAGUAGCUCUCUUUAUUGUAUGCUCUCUAAUUUUUAACAUUGUUCUGCCAGUUUAUUAAGAUGAUAUGUACGUAUAAUAGCGAAUUUUUAAUAGUGUUACCAUUAACAUAAUUGUUAUGUUGUUUGUUAAAGAUAUGUAAAGUCGAUCUCUCUAAGUGUAAUGUUACCAGUACUACCGACUUCUAUUUUGCCAUAGUUUUAUAUCGUUAGUGAACAUCGCUGUGAUAGCAAUCUAAAUGCUCAUUUUAUCUGUAUCCAGCCUCCAGGA